AGAGAGAGGGAGACACAGAAUUGAAAGCAGGCUCCAGGCUCCGAGCCAUCAGCCCAGAGCCCGACGCGGGGCUCGAACUCACGGACCGCGAGAUCAUGACCUGAGCUGAAGUUGGACGCUUAACCGACUGAGCCACCCAGGUGCCCCAAAAGCAUUUAGCAUAGUAGCUUUUAUUUCAGAGUCUGGAGUGCUAACCAUUACACCAUGGAACCACUAGCUUUUAUUUCAAUAAGAGCUAUUUAUCGGGGGCCUGGGGCGCCUGGAUGGCUCAGUUGGUUAAGCAUCCAGCUUCAGCUCAGGUCAUGAUGUCCCUGGUUGUGAGUUCAAGCCCUGCAGCAGGCUGUCAGGCUCUGUGCUGACAACUUAUAGCUCGGAGCCUGGAGCCUGCUUUAGAUUCUGUCCGUCUCUCUCUCUCUCUCUAAUAUAAAAAAUAAACAUUAAAAAAUUUUUACAAAAAAAGAGUUAGCUAUUUAUCUUUUUUCCCUUGCUAAUAUAGAGCAGUAACUUUAGUGUAGGAGAUAUCUUUCUGUAAUGUUAUUAGCAGAAUGUGAAUUUGCUCUAAAGUGUCUACCAUGCUAACCUAUCUAUUCUUACUCAGUUUUUUAUUCUGCUUAUUAAUACCUGCUUAAUCUUGAAGACUUGAGAAAUGCAGUUGAAUGUGUGUGAAUGUGUGUGUAUACUAUAUAUGUAUACAUACUAUAUAUACAUACAUUCACAUGUACUACAUGGUUUGGGUCAUAUUGUGUGGAACAAAUAUAUAUGUAAUUAAAUCUUGGCACAUUUAUAUUUUUACUAUUUUACUGUGUUGUUAAAAAUUCUUCAAACGUGGCUCAGUUGGUUAGGUAUCUGACUCUUGAUUUCGGCUCAGGUUAUGAUCUCAUGGUUUAUGAGUCCAAGCCCUGCAACAGGCUCCGAGCUGACAGUGUGGAGAGCCUGCUUGGGAUUCUGUCUCUUUCCCUCUCUCUGCCCCUCCUGUGCAUGCUCUCUGUCUGUCUGUCUCUCUCUCAAAAUAAGUAAACUUAAAAAAAAAAGUACUAAAUUUUAAAAAGAAAAUAAUAAAAAAAUAAAAAAUAAAAAACAAAUGGACCAAAAAUAGUUAAGUGUUGGCAAAGAUGUGGAGAAACUAGAACCUUCAUACAGUGCUGGUUUGGGAAUGUAAAAUGGUACAGUCACCAGGAAAAACAGCUUGACAAUUCCUUAAAAAAAAAAAAAAUUCUUCAAAUCAUUUUUAAUGGAGCAAUCAAUCCAUUGAGUGUCUUCCAUUUCUUCAGGCUAGGCCCUGGAAAUGAAACUCCUGGGUCAGAAUACAUGAACCUCUUUUAGAUUCUUGAUAUAUAAUGCCACACUGCUUUCCUGAAAGUUUGUACCAAUUUAUAUUUCCAGCAGCAGCUUUUCCUUACUUGCUAUUUCCAAUAUAGUAUUUUUAGUUUGCAAAAAAUAUUGGUGGCUCUUGAAAGUCUGGUUUCAGUAGCAAGGCAGAAUUGCAUUAAAGCCCAAGGAAUUGUGUUUUUACAAGAACUUUAAAUAUGUAGGAAUACUUCCCAGUCUUUCUGAAUUGAUUUCUGUUAUUACACACACACACACACACACACACACACACACACACACACAGGAAUACUGUGAAGUAUUAGGUAGGAAUAGAUACAGCUUCUCUUCUCUUGGAACUUAAAAUAUAAGGCGAGGUAAAUACAUAUAAUUAAGAUGUACAAAGAGUAAAAUACACACUAUUGACUUCUUAAGAUAUAUCUCAGGAUGCAAAUCGUGAGGUAAAAGUUAUAUAUCAUACUUCAAACUGACUCUUCUGUUGUGUAUUCCUCCUUGAGCCCAAGUUAACCUGUUGCCUCCAGAAAAAAUAAGCUUCUCUUUCUUUUUAAAUACAUGAAAAACUACUGAUUGAUAGUAGACAUUCAAAUUUAUUAUCAAUUUCAGUGAUUUGCCUAAAGCCAGGAAUUACUUCUUGGGUUUCCUUAUCAUCCCCCACCUGGAAACUGUCUCAGUUUAAGACACUGCUUAUCAGUAGAUGAUCCUUGUUUUAAAUUGACUAGAGAUUUAAAAAGCUACCACUCAUAUAGUCCCUUUUGUCCAACAGGUGAAAGUUUACCUAAUGCAAGAAAGAUCCUUAUUGAGUUUAAGGGGAGUUGUACUCUGGAAAUGGCAUAUAAGUUCUUUUAUGGGAGGGUGGGUAUCAUGGUGGAAGGGCUAGGACAAAGCUCCAAGAGAAAAAAUGAGUAUAUAAGAAAAAAAAAAAAAAGUCAUGGGCUGUGCAAGUGUAUUCUAAAAUUGCACUGACAUGUUGGGCAAACUUUUGCCAAAUAUUGCAUUAAUAUUACCACUGGAAAACUUUUUUUUCCCUCGAUUAUCAGCACAGUUCAUUCGAUUCAGAUCAUAAAAAUUGUAUCUUAAAUUUGUAACUGCCAAAUUUUUUUUUGGUGGGUAUUUAGCCAAUACUUAUUGAGCACUUACUCUGUAGGAGGCACUGUUUUAUGUAAAUUUUAUGUAGAAACAACUUCAGGGCAACAUUUUGUUUCAAACUUAGGUUAUGAAAUUUUGAAACCAGGGAAGCAUUUUUUGUUGCUGUUUUAAUGAAGAUUCAUCUGAGUCAUUUUAUUGGUUUGAUUUUGUGUUGUCAAUAAAUUUAAAAUCACUAAAUGGCAAUUUAUCUCGCUCUUCUAUUGUAUUUUAGCAUGUACUUAUUUGUUUCUAUGAAAAAGAUUUUUAAAAGUAGAUGAUACAAAUGAAUACGUUUGUUUCCAAAUGAACCAAACAGAAAUGAAAGGGUAAGAAGAGAAUUUCAUGACUAGCAAAUUGGGGAAGGAUAAUCUAAUCUCCCAGAGGUUGGCAAAUUCUGUUGUUUACUAAUAAAUACCUGUUUAGUGUGCUCUUUAACACUGCUGUAGAGGAAAAAAGACGAAGCCAGCCUCUUAAAGUAGUUGUAAACUACUUAACUUUCCAAGUAAAGCUUUUAGAAUAUUUUGUAGGUAUGCCUUUUUUGUUGUUGGUAUUCCUGUUUUAAAGUGCAGCUUUUUGAAGUGGACGGGUUACAUGUUGCAUAAGCUUUGAAACGGCCAAAACAAGUUAAAUAGCCACCUUUAUUUACAGCUGUUGGACUAGGUAUUAGAUCUCUUCCAGGAAGAAAAUUUGAUUAAUGGCUUUUUUCCAAAGUGGGGACAAUUGCAGACUUUUCUUCCGCAGAGCGUGAAAUGUGCCUCUUCCUGCCGAGGGGCCUUGUCCUAGCCGCGGCUACCGGGGCGGUUUCCAGCCUCAGGUGUCUCUCGCCGUGGGCCGCGGCCACUCUCCGGGGCGGGCGUCCGGGACUUCCUGUCUGAACGCGGGGCGGAAGGAUCGCGUUGCCAGCCGAGGCGGCCGCCGCCGCCGCCGCCGCCCCUGCCGUUAGGUGGUGGGGUUUCUCAGCCCCGCGGCGGGAGGCGGGCCGGCCUCGGCUUCCUGUCGGAGGACGCGCAAGGAUCCGGGCGUCUGAGUGUGUGCGAGUGCGUGAGUGUGUGUCGGUCGCACGGCGUGUAUCUCCGGCGGUGGGUUCCGCCUCCUCCCCUGCUGCCGCUGCUCACGGUGUAAGUCAAUGUGAAGCAGCAGCUCCAGCCCCGGGAUAAACAUGGCGACGUCUCUGCAUGAGGGACCCACGAACCAGCUGGAUCUGCUCAUCCGGGCUGUGGAAGCAUCAGUUCAUAGCAGUAAUGCACACUGUACAGAUAAGACCAUUGAAGCUGCUGAAGCCCUGCUUCAUAUGGAAUCUCCUACCUGCUUAAGGGAUUCAAGAAGUCCUGUGGAAGUGUUUGUCCCUCCUUGUGUAUCAACUCCAGAAUUUAUCCAUGCUGCUAUGAGGCCAGAUGUCAUUACAGAAACUGUAGUGGAGGUGUCAACUGAAGAAUCCGAACCAAUGGAUACCUCUCCUAUUCCCACAUCACCAGAUAGCCAUGAACCAAUGAAAAAGAAAAAAGGAAACACAACCUAUUUGUGGGAGUUUCUCUUAGAUCUACUUCAAGAUAAAAAUACUUGUCCUCGGUAUAUUAAGUGGACUCAGAGAGAAAAAGGCAUAUUCAAGCUUGUGGAUUCCAAGGCUGUCUCUAAGCUUUGGGGGAAGCAUAAGAAUAAGCCAGAUAUGAACUAUGAAACUAUGGGACGAGCUCUGAGAUAUUAUUACCAAAGGGGUAUUCUUGCAAAGGUUGAAGGACAGAGGCUUGUAUAUCAGUUCAAGGAUAUGCCCAAAAACAUAGUGGUCAUAGACGACGACAAAAGUGAAACUUGUAAUGAAGACUUAGCAGCAGCUACUGAUGAAAAAUCAUUAGAACGAGUGUCACUGUCUGCAGAAAGUCUCCUAAAAGCAGCAACCUCUGUUCGUGGUGGAAAAAACUCCUCUCUAAACUGCUCCAGAGCAGAGAAGGGUGUAGCUAGAGUUGUGAAUAUCACUUCCCCUGGUCACGAUGCUCCAUCCAGGUCCCCUACUACUACCACAUCUGUGUCAGCAACGGCAGCUCCAAGGACAGUUCGUGUCGCGAUGCAAGUACCUGUUGUAAUGACAUCGUUGGGUCAGAAAAUUUCAACUGUGGCAGUUCAGUCAGUUAAUGCAGGUGCACCGUUAAUAACCAGCACUAGUCCAACAACAGCAACCUCUCCAAAGGUAGUUAUUCAGACAAUCCCUACUGUGAUGCCAGCCUCUUCUGAAAAUGGAGACAAAAUCACCAUGCAGCCUGCCAAAAUUAUUACCAUCCCAGCUACACAACUUGCACAGUGUCAACUUCAGACAAAGUCAAAUCUGACUGGAUCGGGAAGCAUUAACAUUGUUGGAACCCCGCUGGCUGUGAGAGCACUUACUCCUGUUUCCAUAGCCCAUGGUACACCUGUAAUGAGACUAUCGGUGCCUACUCAGCAGGCAUCUGGCCAGACUCCUCCCCGAGUUAUCAGUGCGGUCAUAAAAGGGCCAGAGGUAAAAUCGGAAGCAGUGGCAAAAAAGCAGGAACAUGACGUGAAAACUUUGCAGCUGGUACAAGAAGAAAAACCAGCAGAUGGAAAUAAGACAGUGACCCACGUAGUGGUUGUCAGUGCACCUUCAGCUAUUGCCCUUCCCGUAACUAUGAAAACGGAAGGACUAGUGACAUGUGAGAAAUAAAAUAGCAGCCCUACCACGGACUUAAGACUGUUAGUAAUAGUACUAACAUAAAUACUUGCAAGGGAGGUCAUCAAGAAGAGUCAAAAGAAGACUUUAAAACAUUUUUAAUGCAUAUAAGAAAACAAUCAAACUUACUGGAAGUAAAUUACCUAUCCCAUGUUUCAGUGGGAAAUGAACUACAUACGGAGAUGCUGACAGAAAACUGCCUCUUACAGUAGGAAACAACUGAACCCAUCAAUAAGAAAAAGGAUUGAAAAGGGACCAAGCAACUCACUACAAUAUCAAGUUACACUAAGACUUGGAACACUAACAUUCUGUAAGAGGUUAUAUAGUUUUCAGUGGGGAGGGGUUGGGAUGGGUGAUCUCAUUGUUACAUACAGCAAUUUUUGAUGCAUUUUAUAUGCAUACCAGCAAUUAUUACUGUGUUCACACAGAACUCACUUAACUGGUGCUACGUGAAGACUGCUAAUAUAGGUAUUUUAGAAUGUGAAUUGAAAAUGGAUCCAAAAGCUUUUCAGAAAGAGCAAAAAAGAUCUAGUGCGAUUUUUUUUUUUUAUAUCAUAUAGCUUAAGCUGAUUUAAAACAAAGGCCUUAGACUAAUUUUCAGUUUUCUUUAUCGAAAUAAGCUAAUGGCUUGUUUGUGUAAAGCUUUUUUAUUAAAAGAAAAAUUUUAAAAAUCUUGUACCUAGCACAGUAUUGUUAUAGAAUUUACAUGUAACAUUUUAUAUGGUAGUUUAAGUCUGUCAGUUUCCUAAUUGUGGACAAAUUAACAGUUGCUCUGGCCUUUUGCUGUAACCUGCCUGUGUCACUCACUUAGCCCUGGCAUCUGUGCAGACAUAUCAGUUCCAGUUCUACUGUCACUUGGAAGUUCAGGCCCAGCAUGAAUUUUUGUCAGGUAGCUCUAAUACCUGGUGUUUUUGUUUUUUUCCUUCCUUUCUUUUCUUUCUUUCUUUUUUUUUAGUUGAAGUUUAAGAGGGAAAGUACCAGUGUUCAGAUUUGAACUAUAAUAGUUUGUAUAUUCAACAUUUGAAGUAUAUUCUAUUUUGUUGUACUCUUGUUUCAAAGUGUAUUCAAGUAGGUUUUCUGAAAUAUAGAAAUGAAAUUUAUGUUGUGGUUUGGUGUCUGGUGAUAUUUAUAAUAUUCAAAAGCUAGUAUAGAGACACUGUUUUAGUUAAGUAGUAGAAGUCUUAUUUCUAGUUAAGUAGUAGGAGUCUUAUUUCUCCUUCCCAACUACCGUGUGAAGAAAUAUUCCUUCUGUUUUGUUUCAUUACAUUAAUAUUUGCAAAUAUCUGCAUGUUGCCACUUAAUUGCUAAUUACUGUCAUGAACUAUAAUGUUCUACUUACCGUGAUGAGUUUAUUAUUUUAAUGUUGGCCACACGUAAAGAAUUUCUAUUUCAAAUCAGACCAGUUCUCAAACAGACCUUUUGAGGGUUAGGAUGAACAAGUAAUACUCUUGCCCUUUUGCAAAUUAGGAAAUGGAGGUAGGUACCAGAGGGAUUACAGGAGUUUCCUAAUUUCACACCAAACUAGGUCCUAGGACUCCACAUCUUCAUGUUCUUUCUACUACAAAGAAAAGUUGUCUAUUUUUACAUCUUUUAGAAAUUUAAAUAAACUGAUACUUAAUA